CUCCUCUGGCUCUAGCAGCUUUUUCACCGGCGUUCCUACAAGUCCCACAAGGCCCCUCGGCUCAGGGCCGCUUUGGCCCGGCCUAGGGUGGAGGCGGAGGCGGAGGCGCGGGAGUUAUGGAGGGGGCGGGCUCUGCAGGGAAGUGCGUCAGAGGAGGCGCGGGGAGAGUAGGGUGCUGUGGUCGGAGCUGGAGGGCGAAGCCGGUGGAGUGAGAGGAUGGGCGAGCAGUCUGAAUGCCAGAAUGGAUAACCGUUUCGCUACAGCCUUUGUGAUUGCCUGUGUGCUUAGUCUUAUCUCCACCAUCUACAUGGCCGCCUCCAUAGGCACAGACUUCUGGUAUGAGUAUCAAAGUCCUGCUCAAGAGAAUUCUAGUGAUGCGAAUAGAAUUGCCUGGGAAGAUUUCAUGGGCGAUGAGGCGGAUGAGAAGACCUACACCGAUGCUCUGUUCCGGUACAACGGCAACUUGGGAUUGUGGAGACGCUGUAUCACCAUUCCCAAAAACACUCACUGGUAUGCUCCGCCGGAAAGGACAGAGUCAUUUGAAGUGGUUACAAAAUGCAUGAGUUUCACACUAAAUGAACAGUUCAUGGAGAAGUAUGUUGAUCCUGGAAACCACAACAGUGGCAUUGACCUGCUUCGGACCUACCUCUGGCGCUGCCAGUUCCUCUUACCGUUUGUUAGCUUGGGUCUGAUGUGCUUCGGGGCUUUGAUUGGACUUUGUGCCUGUGUGUGCCGCAGCCUGUACCCCACCAUUGCCACAGGCAUUCUCCAUCUCCUUGCAGGUCUGUGUACGCUGGGCUCCGUGAGUUGUUAUGUUGCUGGCAUUGAGCUGCUCCAUCAGAAACUAGGGCUGCCCAAGAACGUAUCUGGAGAAUUUGGAUGGUCCUUCUGCCUGGCCUGCGUCUCAGCUCCUUUACAGUUCAUGGCUUCUGCUCUCUUCAUCUGGGCUGCCCACACCAACCGGAAGGAGUACACCUUAAUGAAGGCUUAUCGUGUGGCGUGAAGGGAGGCUGCCGCCUGAUGAUUACUAUUUCUACUAUUUCUUUUUUACUGUUGAGGUUUUCCCUUGUCUUCCUCUCAGUUGUCUUUAAUUUUUAUUUUUGUGGAUAUGCCAUUUUAUUCUAAAAGUCCUUUUUAUUUAUAUACAGUGCCACUAAAUACCAUUUAAAAUGUAUGUGGUUUUCUUCGAGUGGCUCAGUCAUUUUACCAAACUGAUGUAGGUUCAGUCAGAGUUCAGACAGAAAGAACUUUAGACAUGUGACCCAGAUUUGUAAAAGAAUAUUACCAGUGGAAAAUUGACCCUAAACAGGGUCUGCUAAUGUCUGCUAAAUCCAAUAGUGUAGUAACUGUGUGUGAAACUAGAAACGAAUUUCUGUAUGAUAUCGGUUAUCACUGUCAGAACUUCAUAUUCACUUUCCUGUUGUUAGUCAGCUAGCAGAACCAGCGUUCCUAAAGAUGUGUGCAUAUAAAAUUGGGAAAUUAUCUAACAUCUGUGUCCCUAAACUUUGGUACAUUACUUCAUUCGAGGUGAAAUAUGGCAGCUGCUUAUACUGUGAUUGUCUACAAGAAAAAAAAAAGUGAAAAAUGUUUACUUGAAAUUGUAGCUUUUAUCUGCAAAAUUUCAAUUCAAUGAGAAAAGCUGGUUAUACUUUUUUUUUUAAACUGAAACUCAUUAGGAUUUUCAGUGCCACCAAACCAUUGUGGAUUUUGCUGCUCCCCCCCUCUGGACACACAGGCUUAUUAAAAAGUACUUUCUUUUUUAGCGGAGAAGAAUCACAGUAAUUCCCCAACUGUUUUUUUGUCCCAGCUGGGUACUAUAUGGGAGUCCUAUCAAUGCUCAUUUAGAGCUGGGGUCCUACCACCACCGAGAUCUAAAGCUGUGGCCACCCUACUGACCUCAGUUGUGGGUCUUUAUUUCUUGUGGUGAAAUGAUGUGCCUUUCCUUGCCCAGAUCCCUUCCUGGUGUGUAUCAACAUUACUCACUGUCUUCUAAUUCAGUCAUUUUUUUAUAAUAUGUCUGUAAACAUUGAACUUACAAAUCUUAUUUAUUUACUCCAUUAUUGUAGCACUUCACAGAUUAAAAAAAGUGUGACUCAGUACUUUCUUACCAAAUCCUAAAUCUGUCUUUUUUAAAAAAUAAAAAAUAAAAAAGAAAGAGAACCAUG